AUGGUGCCAAUUUUAAUGAUGAUGCAUAGUUUGGCUAGUAAACGACGAAUUGCAAGGCAGCAAAGUGAAAUAAAAACAUCUAAAAUGGAUUGUUGUAGGACUUGCUUAAGUGCUGAAAAUCUUAGUGAUAUCUUUAUUAAUAAGGAAACGAUUAUAAAACGGACGCAAGAUCUGAAACUUAUCACAGGCUUGAAGAUUAAUUACCAGGAUGGCUUAUCACAGAAAAUAUGCAAAAUGUGUUCAGAUAUAAUAAGAAUGGCAUUAAAGUUCCGUAGAAAAAGUCAUAAAGCUGAAAAAACCUUGUUAACAAUGAAACAUAAAGAUAUUAAAACAGAAAAAAUAUGUGAUAAUGUAAUUAAAAAAAAAGAUCAUAUUGAAACAAAUGAUUAUAGUUAUAAUUAUUAUGAUGACGAUUUUGACAAUCAUGAUUAUGAUGACGAAAAACCUAAGGAAGUUAAACAGAAAACCCUGCUCAAGAAAAAGCGUGCCAAAGUACCAAUAGCAACAUUAUAUAAGUGUAAUAUAUGUAAUAAGGAAUUUCGUAUGAAGGCAACAUAUAGGGCACACAUGCGAUUUCAUACUAACUUCUGUGUUUGUGAGGCCUGUGGCAAACGAUGUAGGAAUAAUAAUCAAUUACAAGAGCAUAAAAGAGCAAGACACGGCUUGGGCAAAAUACAUAAGUGUGCUUACUGUGAAUAUAGUUCAGCUACAAAAGAGGCCCUUAUUAUACAUGAGCGUAGACACACUGGUGAAAGACCGUACAUUUGUGAUCAUUGUGGAGCCAGCUUCUAUCGUAGAUCUACUCUUGUACAACACAUAGCUAUACACUUACCAGAAAAGAACUUUCAAUGUGACAUGUGCCCAAAAAGGUUAAAAUCGAAGAAGUUUCUCCAAAUACAUAAGCACAAUGCACAUACCGGGAAACGGUAUGGGUACCUUUGUCCAAUAUGUGAACACCGCUUUGAGAAACCAAAUAAAGUCAGAGCACACACGAGACGGGUACAUGGUGUACCUGAUGAACAGCAUGGUGCUAUUGUGAGAAUUCAAUUGUAG